UCAGUUAGGUCAUUCGAUGGUAGAGUAUCUAUCUUCUAUUAGGAGACCUUCAUGAAAACAUGGCUCUGGUGCCCACUCGUCUAGACUCGUUUCACACCUCAGUGUACAAGCUCCAUUUCUUCAGGUACUGCUCUUAUAAUCCUUUCAAGAAACACAAAGUCAUUGCUAAUUAUGAGAGUAAUUCGACAAAUUUAAACCCAACCCCCCAUAAAAAAUCCAAAAUCGUUCUUCGAAAUAAGAACAAUGAAGCGGGUUCCAUCGCAGAAUCACCGAUUUUGCAGUCAAAAAGUAACACUAGUGGUGGUUGGUUAGAGAAAUGGGAUGAUACCCACAAGCAUAAUUGGCCAAAAAAGGCUGAACCAGUUUUAAAUUAUCGAUAUGGGGACGAUUCCGAUAGUGAUGAUGGCGGUGUACACCGUCGUACUGGUAGUACGAUGGACAAAAUCGUGGAGAAACUAAAGAAAUUCGGGUAUGUCGAUGACGUUAAAGAAAAGAAAGAGAGGGAAAUCGAGAAGGGGUCAAUCGAGGACAUAUUCUACGUUGAGGAAGGGAUUUUACCGAAUUCCAGAGGUGGGUUUUCACCGGAAUCACCUCUUGGAGUUGAAGACGUGUUUAGGGGUAGUAACGGGAAAGUGCGAUUCCCAUGGGAGAAACCUUCAGAGGACGAUGCGAAUAGGAAUUCAGUGAGGCAAAAAAGUAAGACUUGUGUGGCGGAAUUGACGAUUCCAGAGUCGGAAUUGAGGAGGUUGAGGAACUUAGCUUUUAAAUUGAAGAACAAGACAAGAAUCACAGGUGCUGGUGUUACUAGAGAAAUGGUGGCUUUGAUUAAAGAUAAGUGGAAAUCAGCAGAAGUUGUGAAGCUCAAAAUUGAAGGAUCUGGUGCACUUAAUAUGAGGCGCAUGCAUGAGAUAUUAGAAAUGAGAACCGGAGGAUUAGUGAUUUGGAGAUCCGGAAGCACAAUUGCUCUGUAUAGAGGCGUAGAAUACAAAGACCCUUCUUUAAAACAACAAAAACGCGAAUACAACAAACAACUUUCACAAAAAUCGUCUUUUUCUGACACUACUUCAAUGGAAGAAGAAGAUUCACAAGUCCAAGAAUCAGACACAGACAGAGACAACAGCUAUGAAAAAGAAGUGGACAAGCUUCUAGAAGGAUUGGGCCCAAGGUACACUGAUUGGCCAGGGUGUGAUCCACUACCCGUGGAUGCGGAUUUGUUACCGGGGACCAUCGAUGGGUAUGAACCACCUUUUAGAAUACUUCCAUAUGGAGUCAAAGCUACACUUGUUGGAAAAGAGGCUACUACUUUAAGAAGGCUUGCAAGAGUUCUUCCUCCACAUUUUGCUUUAGGUAGAAGCAGACAACAUCAAGGUUUAGCAGCUGCAAUAAUUAAGUUAUGGGAAAGGAGUUCAAUUGCAAAAGUUGCUCUAAAACGUGGUGUUCAACUAACUACAAGUGAGAGAAUGGCUGAAGAUAUCAAGAAAUUGACAGGAGGGAUACUUUUGUCAAGAAACAAAGAUUUCUUGGUGUUUUACAGAGGAAAAGAUUUCUUGUCACCCGAUGUUUCAGAGGUUCUAUUAGAAAAAGAAAGACUUGCAAUAUCUUUACAAGAUGAAGAAGAGGAAGCAAGAUUAAGAGCAUCAACUUUUAUAACACCAAAAGUUGAAAAAUAUGAACAUUUGAGAGGAUCUACAGGGACACUUGGAGAAAGUCUUGAUGCAAAUGCUCGAUGGGCAAAAAAGCUUGAUGAUGAUCAUAAGAAAAAAGUUCUUCAAGAAGCAGAAGUAAUUAGACAAGAGGAUCUUGUUAGAAAGCUUGAAAGGAAGCUUCGAUUUGCUGAUAAAAAAUUAAUGAAAGCAGAACAUGCGUUAUCAAAAGUGGAAGCAUUUCUGGAUCCAGCAGAUCGACCCGCGGAUCCAAAUAGUAUCACAGAUGAGGAAAGAUUUAUGUUCAGGAAACUCGGUUUAAGGAUGAAAGCUUUCUUACUCCUUGGUAGGCGUGGGGUGUUUGAUGGAACUGUGGAAAAUAUGCAUCUUCAUUGGAAAUAUAGAGAAUUGGUUAAAAUUAUUAUAAAAGAAACCAAUUUUGAAGAGGUUAAAAAUAUAGCAUUAUCACUUGAAUCCGAAAGUGGAGGCGUAUUAGUUUCGGUUGAUAAAAUUUCAAAAGGGUAUGCGAUUAUUGUGUUUAGGGGAAAUGAUUAUAAAAGACCUUCUAAAUUAAGACCCAAAAAUUUGUUAACAAAAAGGAAAGCUUUGGCACGUUCUAUUGAGCUUCAAAGACAUGAGGCUCUUAUGAAUCAUAUCUCAACUUUGAAUGCAAGAAUGAGAAAACUGCAAUCUGAAAUCGAACAUGUUUCAACUAUUAAAGAUAAAGUAGAUGAGGAGUUAUAUGACAAAUUAGAUGCGGCUUAUUCCACAGAAGAUGAAGAUAGUGAGGAGGAAGGAGAAGAUGUGUAUCUUGAUACAUAUGAGAGUGAAGAUGAUGAAGAAGAAGAUGAAAAUGGUGGAUUGGAAAAUGAAGAAAAGGAUUAUGUGGAUCAUCAGCUUGCUGUGUAAACGGUUGGAACGUAGAUAAAGUUAUGUAUAUUGACUCUAAAUUUCAUUAUAAUUGUAAUUUCUGGGAAAAAUAGAGAAAGGUAUGAUGUAUUUUUAUCAUUUUAUCUAUAUAUUCACUUUUAAUAACUAUUUUCUAUACUAUUAUCCGGUUUUGAAAAA